AUGGCUGCGUUCUGCGGCUCCGUGGCGGGCAGGUGGCGGCCUGCGUGGUGCACAGCAACUGACAGCGAGGCCGCGCACGCCGCCGUCGCCGGGCUGCGCGUCGCGUUCGUGCGCGCGCUGCUCGCGUACGACGCAGGGAAGCUCGAGGAUGCGCAGCGCGUGCUCACCGCGUGCCUCGGCUACGUCGAGAAGGGUGCGGUUUCGCUGGACGGCGCCUGGGCGCGCGCGCCGGGGCCGACGCACAGCGACGUGGUGCCGCGGGCGUCCAAGGAAGCGAUGUCGCGGGUCCUGCAGUCGAUCAAGCUGCGGCUCCUGGUCGGAACGCAGCAGGAAGAGACGGUGGCGUCGCCCACGCCGGUUCGCCGCGGACUUGCACAGCUGCGAUCGCUCAUCGACACGACUUCGGGACGCCCGCCGCUCGCCGAGAUGGACGCGGACUCCGAGCUCUUCGGGCGCACCGUGGCCGACCUGAAGCAGGCCGUUGCGUCCGCGGACGACCUCUCGGAGUCGGACAAAUGCCGUCUGUCCGUCAUGGCGGCAACAGUCCCCCUGUGCGCGUCGCUCGCGGACGAAGACAAGAUGGUCCAGGCGGCGGUGGUAUGGGCGCGUCCGGACGCGCCGGCGCCGGCGUGGGCCCGCUGGGCGCGCGAAGCCGCGAGGGAUCUGCAGCCUUUUGCAGCGAGCUUGUUUUCUGCGGCCCACGGCGCGCUGUCGGACCAGGACCGCGCGGUGCUCGCGCAAGCGCGCUCGGGGCUGCUUCGGGCAGUCGCAACGGUGCCGGCAACGCCGCAGAUGGAGGACACGGCGUGGCAAGUGGAAGCUGCAUCGAACGCGCUGAGCUGCGUGUUGCUGCUGUCGCUUGCGGAUAAGUCGGUGGCGAGGAACGCGAGCAAGGUUAUCAAGAUGGCGCUAGGUGUCGUGCUGGCGGCGCACGUGUCGCCCUUCCCCCCCGCGCUGACCGGCGUCCAUCGCCUCGCCCUCGACGUGGGCGCGACCGUGAUGAGCGUGUACGAGCAGUGCGUGAGUGACAUGCAAUCUGCAGAACCAUCACCGGCGCUCACCCCCGACCACGGCAAACCCCUGACGCAAGAGGACGACGGCGACAGCGACAGCGACGGACCCCUGGACAGCUCCGCGCUGUGCACAAGCUUGCGGCGACUGCGGCGGCCCGAACUGCAUGCUCUGCGGCCGUGGUUGACAGCGCUCGUGUCAAGCGCUGUCAACACCGUCAGCGAGGCCGACAUGCGGGAGCCGCCGGAGGUCGCGGGGCUGCCGUCCGAGGUGCUGCCACCAGUGACGCCGCUGUGGUCGCUCGGCGGGCCGGCUGAGCGCGGCGGCCGGCACACCCUGAACAACAACGUGGUCAUCGGCACACAGCACCAGGACGCGCGGCUGUACAACGCAGCGGAGGUCAUCGCAACAACCCUCCCACGCACGCACGGCCGCCUCAUGUGGAGCGCCGUCACCGCGCACCUCGACGCCGCGGACCCCUCCGUCGACAAGGUCACCGCCCUCGAGGGCGCCGGCUCCCCGUUCCGCAUCGCCGUCCUCGCCAUGCUCGGCACCAGCGCCAUGGGCCUGAAAGAGGCCCUGCAACGCUGCGCAGAGCUCGAACUGCGCAUCACCGCGCUCCUGCAGCACGACGGCGGCGCGGACGCCGUCGCCAGCGCCGUGCGCACGUGGCCCGCCGCGUCGCUCGCGACCUCGGUGGGGACCUCCGUGCUGGCGCCUGGGGUGCAGGCGCCCGCGGCGGUGCGGCCGGAAGCGGCGCAGGGAGCGCCGUCGGCGCUGCCGGACGGCGUGGAGGAGCUCCUGCGAUGGCACGCGGGCGCGGGCGAGGCCGCGGGCGACGGCGGGAAGGAAGGGUCCGGGGGGACUAUUCUUCCGGGGACUGUCGACGUGUCUGACAUGGAGGCGCUGGCGGAGGCGUGCGCGCUGCAGGGAGCGGUGCUGGCCGCACGCGCGAAGUCCAAGCGCGAGCGGGAGCGCGCCGCGGCGCCGGACCGCGUGCUGGCACCGGCGCUUGGCAACCUCAUGCCAGCCGCUGUCAUGUCGAACUCCCCUGGGGGACAGGAGGAGGCACCGGACGCGACGCAGGCGCCGGCGACGCUGUCGACGCCGCUGCGGUGGAUGGUGAUGGCCAUCGCGUGCGCGCCGUGGACGGCGCACGGCUGGGCGGGCAUGCAGGCUAUUCUCGGUGACCUUGCGCAGCACAUGUGGGCGGACGGCGUGGCCGUGCUGGCGCGCGACCCGACCUCCAUCCGCAACGCCCUCGGCCACAAGUCCUACCUCGCCGAGUUCGACGACCUCCCGCGCCAGCUGCACGCCGCGAGCCGUCUUCUCAAUUGGGCGGUGCUCUGCGGACGCAUCGCCAACGAGGUCGCGGCGCGCUGGCGGAGCCCCGGCUCGGACGCCGCGCUGCGCAAGGAGCUCGGGGCGCUGCACCGGCGCCAGCAGAUGAUUCUGUUCUGCGCCACGCGGACCGGAGCGCCUUUCAUGGGUGCAAAGGGGUACCCGCGGUUCCCGGUCCAAAUCCCGUACGUGCAGCCGGGGACCCGCGCGAAGAUGCUGUACGAGGCGCUCGCGAGCUUCGCGGCUGCGCAGCAGCACCUGCCGCCGCCCGCCGGGUCCACGGAGGCCUGGUUGUUGCCGUUCCUGGCAGGGGUGUGCGCGCUCGACCUGUGGAACAGCAAGGCCCGCGGCAGCCCGGAUCCGCUCCCGUUACUGUCGCAGUCGGUCCUCGCGAGCUGCGAGCGGCGCCGGAACAAGGGCGACCACGACGAGAAGGGCGAUGAGGGCGACACGGCGACGGAGAAUGCCGACGAUGCGGCUGCGGCGUCGCCGCCGCUGCUCGUCCCGUUCCACGCCCUGCACGCCGCGCGCUUGGACGUGCUGCUGAUGCUCAAGGACAGUCCGAGCGGCGCAUGGCACGCGAGCGCGGACAUCGCGGGCAUGCUGCACUCGGUCGCGCAGGCGGGCUUCGUCCCGGGGGCGAUCACGGCCAAGGACAGGGACGCGAUGUGGGGCGAGGCUCUCAAGGACAUCCAGGCCGCGAUGGUGGGCAUCCUGGCGUCGCAGGCGCGUUUCUCGCCGGCGCGCGCCACACUGGCACGCUGCAUCGCGGCCCGCGGCAGCGAGGAGGACAUCUCCGAGGCGGCGGAGCAGCUCGCGGUCGACGGCGGCCACGUGCUGCACACGUUCACGCUCCGCGGCCGCGGCGCGCGCAGCGGCGGCCCGACGCGCGUGCUCGUGACGCCACAUGAGUGGCUCACGAGGACCUUCCGCGGGGCGCAGAUCCCGGCGGAGGACGGCGGACCGUCGCCCGGGCCGACAGCUGGCUCGGCGGGCCUGCGGCCGGAGCGCCUCGAGGGGGGGUUCCCUGCGCCGGGCGCGAGCGGCGUCGGGCUGUGGUGGGCAACGUCGGCGGGGCAGGACACUGUGGCGCUGCUGGUGCAGCUGCUCGUGGCUGCGGACCGUGCGGAGGAGCUCGUGGACAUCGUGGCGUUCUGGCACGGCACGGAGACGCUGCAGCAGGGCAUGGGGCUGCGCGUCGAGUUGCCGGUGUACGGUGCGCGCACGGACCGGCCGCCGCGACUCUACGACGACCUGAUGUUCGGCGCGCUCGGGCUCGCGGCGUGGCUGGUGCGUGUACGAUGCAAGCAGGAGCAGGACACGACUGUGGAGAGCCAGGACACUACAAUUGAGGUGUCUGCGUCUGAAAGAUUGGUGAAAUUCUAUCUGGCGUGGGCGCACAAGUGGGAGGCCAUGAGCGGGACGGUCGCGCACGCGAUGAUCACGGCGCUCGGCGAGGGCACGCCGCGGUCCGGGUCCGAGGUAAUCGAGGCCGCGAUGCGCGAGGCAAUCAAGCCAAACUGGGCUGACGCGGGACGCUGGUGGCCUAUCACCUGCGUGGCGAACCUCGCGCACCGGGCGGGGCUCGCGAGCCCGCCCGGGCCGGACGCGCCGCAGCGGGACAAGAUCCAGGCGCUGGAGGAAAGCGGCGGCGCUGCGUUCCUCAAGCUUGCGUUGACGUACCUGGACAGGACUCUGCCUGAGCUUAAGGACCCGCUGGGGCGGCUGGUGUCGCUGCUGCCGGAGAUGCGUGGGCUGGUACCGCCUCCGCCGGGGCAGGCGCCGGGGGCGUCGAGUGCGCCGCGUCAGGGGGAGGUGUUGUACCCUGCCGCGGGGCAACUCCUCGUGAGGUUCCACGACAUCGUGCUGGCGGGCGUGCGCGCGGCGCUGGGCGAGAUGGAUAUCGACUUCCUCGGCGUGCCGGUGACGCUGCUUCCGGACGCCCCGUUCCCCGCGCCCGAGGACGAGGCCUGGAAGAUAUGGGAGGACUGCGUGGACAGUCGGAAAACGAAGACUUCCGCGACGCAGCUCGACCAGGCCCUCCGCCCGCUCCUGCAGAAGCUCGACAGUCUGCGCGGCCGCCUCGACCUCGACUUCGUCGCCCGAGCCGUCGAGCAGCGCGACGGCAAGCCCUCGGAGCUGCAGCCUGUCGUUGCUCGCCUGGUGGUCGCGCUGGCCGUCUCCGGCGCCAUCGUCGGCACGAUGAAGAUCCGCAGCGAGGCGAACGAGCUCCGACAGGAACUCGCCGCCGAGCGCAAGGCCGCCGAGGACGACGGCAAACCUGCCGCCGCCGUCGAGGCGCGCACCAAGCCCCUGAUCGAACGCAUCGAAGAGGCGGACGCGGUGUGGCACCGCCUGCACGGCAUGAUCGGGCAAUGCCGCACGCUGUACAACGAUCUCAAGCAGCAGGGCGACGUGGCUGCGGCGCCGGGCACGUGCCGGCUGGAGGCCAACCCCCUGUGUAGUCUCGGGGCGCGCUCAGACGCGGCGGUCGUGCUCGCUCCGUUCAAGAGCAGCCUGCGGGAUCGUCUGCGGCGGCUCGUGGACGCGCUCACGAAGCCGCGGUGCUGGGGCGCCCGUGACAGCCUGCGCGUAGGAAUUAAGGCGCGGGCCCCGGCGCGACGCACAGACGCGGGGGCCGCGGCACAGGAGGCGCCUGACGCGGAGCCUGCAGCGGUGGGGCGCGCGGGGGCGCGCGGGGCGGCGCGGAGCCCCGCGGACACGGAUUCGCGGACGGAGGCGGCCAACAUCGUGAUCGAGGUGCUGGACAUCGUGUGCAAGGCUUCGAGGGGGGCGCUGAUGAUGGUGAACGAGACAGUCAUCGCGGCGGGGCCCGUGCCGACGCGGUGA